AUGUCUUCCUCAACCUCGUCCUCCCCCAUCCAGUCCCGGCCACACCAACCGCACAUCCUCACGACAUGUUCCAACUCAUCGUGUCGUACUCAACUCGAAUUCCCAGUCCCGACUAGCCCGUCGAUCCCGAGACAGGGCACGACGCUGAACGUGCAAUGUUUCAAAUGUAAAGCUGUGUUUACGCAUGUGUUUUACCCGGGGCAGGUAUUGGGUGGGGGUUUGCAGAGCGUGGAAGGGAAGAGUGGGGCGUCAGGAUCGAAUGGUGGUGGCGGAGGAGGCUCGUCAAGUGGUAUGGGCGUGAGGAAGGGCGGGAGGAAGAUUGGGACGCAGGAGCGGCCUUUAGAGAUGGAGUACUAUGAUCUUUUGGGUGUUCCAGUCGAUGCGACGACAGACGAUAUCAAAAAAGCAUAUCGACGUCUCGCCAUCAAGCACCACCCAGAUAAGAAUCCUGAUGAUCCCAACGCCGAAGAAAAAUUCAAAGAGAUCGCUAUUGCCUACCAGACCCUUUCUGACCCCGACCUCCGUCGAAAAUACAACGAGUUCGGAUCGAAAGAGAGCCAGCCGGAAGGUGGAUUCGUCGACCCAGAAGAGGUAUUUGGUGCGAUGUUCGGUGGAGAUCGGUUCGUUCCGAUUAUUGGACAUAUCAGUUUGGCCAAGGAUAUGAAGGCCGCGAUGCAAGAGGCGGAGGAUGAGGAGGGACAGGGGUCGGCCGUGGUGCAGAGGGAUGCGAAGGGGAAGGAGAUUCUAAGUCCGGAGGAGAAGGCACGGAGGGAGGAGAAGGCGAGGAAGGUUUCUGCGGAGAAAGCGGCAGCGAGAGAGAAGCGUGUACAGGAGCUUGUGAGUAACCUCGAACGCAAGUUGGGCAUCUUCACCGAGUCCGCAACUGGUCCUGAUGACAAGGAUGUCACCACGAGCUGGCGGACAAUAUGUUCGUUGGAAGCUGAGGAGUUGAAGAGCGAGUCCUAUGGGGUCGAGCUACUACAAACGAUAGGAUUUGUAUAUGCCUCGAAAGCCAAACAUUUCCUGGCGACUGCGCAGACUUUCCUCGGUGUUGGUGGUUGGCUGCAUAAUGUCCAAGGGAAAUAUCAUGUUUUCAGCGAAACUGUAUCCACACUACGGUCCGCUAUAGAACUCAAGGCUGUGUUUGACCAGAUCCAAGCAGCCGAACAGAACGGUAAUAUGAGCCCCGAAGAGAGGAAACGACUUGAGGAUUCAGCAGCCGAGAAAGGUAUACAAGCACUGUUUAAGGGCACGAAACUCGAAGUCGAAUCAGUCUUGCGAGAGACAUGCGACCGUGUUCUUGGUGACCCGAACAUCACACGGGAGAAGGCCCAGCUCCGCGCCAUUGCGCUGCAGAUUCUCGGGCAGGCAUACAUGACAGUUCAGAAGGAGCAGGACGAGGCGAAGGAGGAGAGUGAGUACGUCAGGGUCGAGACGAAGGGUAGCCGAGAUAGGCAGAGCCAGAGAGCAAGUACUGGUGGGUCUGGUUGGCCAGGGAGCAAAUCGUGAUGAAGACAAAAGUGGAUCUAGGGAGGUCAGCGGACGAUUGUCUUUGAAGGCGUUAGAGGAGGUGAGAUGGUACUGUAUUCUCAUGGUUUGUAUUCUACGCUAUUUACCGCUUUGGAGUUCGACAUGCGCGCUAUCAAGUUUAUAUCAUCCCACAGCGUACAGAAGCUUGCAUCGCGUUUGACUGGAUUGCUUUCGUCGCCCAGUUUCAGUAAUAGAUGUGGAACAGACUUAGAACACGACGUUUGCGCCACAGUCUGAACCAGCCUGUGGCGAGUGACGCAGUCCUUGCCUGUUCCCGCACAUCGGCGCGGUUUUCUUCGGUUC